CAUAAAUCAUCAGAAACAAAAGCUUGAAAUUAUAACUGAAAUAUCUAAAGAAAAUAAAACCACUUCAUAUUUUCUUAAACUGAGAAUUAUUUUGUAGCUUGAGAUAAUACUUACUUCGUAUAGGUAUUUUGAAUAUGUUUACAUAUCCAGGUGUUUAAAAAAAGUGAAUACAGAGUCGUAUUCAAUACAUACUCGUACAAAAUUUUUGUUUUAAUAAAAAAUAACCUCAAAUAAUUAUAUAUUAUCAAUAUAUUUAUAUUAACAAGAGUGAAACGCGUGAUAUAAAUUUAUAAUUAACUGAAUCGGUUAACCUAACCUACAAAAAUUGUUCGAAAAUAACCUUUGAAUAUAUCUAUCGGUUCUAUAUAAAUGAAGGUGAAUAUAAACAUUAUUUUAUGGAGAAUCGAAUGAAACUUUUAGUUCGUGACUUAAGAAUUCGUUGAUAUAUUUUAUAUUGAGAAAAUUUGCGAGCUGUAGGGUAAUGAACUCGCCAAAUAUUAACGAAAUGAAUAAAGAAACAAAUAAAGCGGUGCUGGAUUUAUCGGAACCAUCCGGUGAAUUAUUAGAAUGGGCUGAAGAAAACAUAAACGAGAACCGAGACAAAAAAGAUCUCCUCAUAAGCGAAUUAAAAGAUAUGAUUUACGAAAAAGGGGAGUGUACGCCUUCGAGAAGUGAUGACGAGUUCCUUUUGAGGUUUCUCAGGGCUCGACAUUUUAUUUUGAACAAAGCGCAUAGAUUGUAUGCCAAUUAUCACAAUUUUAUCGAAGAUGUGCCAGAAUAUUUCACAAAUGUCAAUUUACACACUUUAUCGAAAAUAAAGAAAACAAAUAUAUUCAAUUGCCCUUUAAAUAGAGAUCAACAUGGAAGAAGAAUGCUCAUAUUUAAAAUAGGCGAAUGGGUACCUUCCGAAUUUUCUCCAGAACAGAUCAUGCAGUUCGUAAUAUUUAUAAUCCAAAUCGGAAUUAUGGAACCACAAACACAAAUAAAAGGUGUCGUGGUUAUAUUUGAUCUUAGCGGAUUAUCCUUGGACAUGGUAUGGUAUAUGACACCCACUCUUGCCAAGCAUUUAGUUAAUAUCACAGUUACUUCCAUGCCCACUCGUAUAGAAGCCGCGCACAUGCUUUACAGUUCUUGGAUAUUCGACACCGCUUUUAGUAUGAUUAAAGUGUUAAUACCGAACGAUGUCAAAGAGAGGAUACAUUUUCACAAUGAUUUAGAUACUUUGUAUACUCAUAUUGAUCAAAAACUUCUUCCAAAAUCACUUGGGGGCGCUCAAAAAGAUUUUUCGUUAAAUAUGUGGUAUGAUUGUCUGAUGGAAUCAGAUAACGGGAAAAUUAAGGCUGAAUUAGAAAAUUUAGGGUAUCAAGUACAGGAGUUUUUGGAUUCUAGAGAUAAUUAAUGUAAAACUAAAUAAACAUAUUAAAAUUU